AAAGCCACGCCCGACGCCAAAAAUCCACGCACAACAGCGACACGUACUUCGCUCCAGCUACCGGCAAUACCAGCUCUUCGCAUCAUGCAACAAUUUCCAGACGAAGAACGACCGCAAUGGGAUCCAAUUCGGACUCCUCAACGUCCUCCGACGAUUCCACGUCCCAAAACCCUAAUCCAAACCCUAACCCUAAUUCCGCUUCAAUUGACCAGUCCCUCGACGCCAUCGAAGACCAAUUAACCUCCAUUUCACUCGCUCAUCCUAACGACACCGUAUCCGACGCCGCCGCCUCCUCCUCUUCCGGCGAAGAAGUGUUCAAGGAUGCCCCCAAUGGUUCCAUACUGGAAGAAGAAAAUCAUAAGGAGAGAAGCGAAGGUGAAAUAGUAGAAGAGGAGGUGGUUGGAGAUGAGGAGGAGGUUAGGGAGGGGUCGUUGGUGUGGAGGAGGGUGAAUUCGGAGGUGGACGUGGACCGGCCGUCAAGCCCGAGCAGCAGCGGGUAUGCCGGUGAGAGGGGGAGCAGCAGUGGUGGUGCCAGUAGUGGUUCUGGAAUCGAGGAAAUCGGUGAGGAUCGAAUUUGUGAUGAGGCUGGGAAUGGGAGGGGUGAGUUUUUCGAUGGAGCUUCGGAUUCUCAAGCGCCGCCGUGGGUCCCGGGAAAGCGGCACGUCGAUGAAGAUGAUGCUUCUGUUUCAUGGAGGAAAAGGAAGAAGCACUUCUUUAUUUUGAGUCACUCCGGGAAACCGAUAUAUUCUAGAUAUGGAGAUGAACAUAAGUUAGCAGGGUUUUCAGCAACGUUGCAAGCAAUCAUUUCCUUUGUGGAGAAUGGGGGAGAUCGUGUCAAAUUGGUAAGGGCAGGCAAACACCAGGUUGUUUUUCUUGUGAAAGGACCAAUCUACUUGGUUUGUAUAAGCUGUACAGAGGAGCCUUACGAGUCAUUAAUGGUGCAGUUGGAGCUUAUUUAUGGCCAGAUGAUACUUAUUCUCACGAAGUCUGUGAAUAGAUGUUUUGAGAAGAAUCCAAAGUUUGAUAUGACACCUUUGCUUGGAGGAACUGAUGUUGUCUUCUCUUCUCUCAUCCAUUCUUUCAGUUGGAACCCGGCCACUUUUCUUCAUGCAUACACCUGUCUUCCCCUUGCUUAUGCAACAAGGCAAGCCGCAGGUGCCAUAUUGCAAGACGUAGCUGACUCAGGUGUCCUCUUUGCGAUAUUAAUGUGCAAACAUAAGGUAGUCAGUCUUGUUGGUGCACAAAAAGCAUCUCUUCAUCCUGAUGAUAUGCUUCUACUUUCCAAUUUUGUUACUUCAUCUGAAUCAUUUAGGACAUCUGAAUCUUUCUCACCAAUUUGCCUGCCAAGAUAUAAUCCCAUGGCAUUUUUGUAUGCUUACGUCCAUUAUCUUGAUGUGGACACCUACUUAAUGUUGCUUACUACCAGUUCAGAUGCCUUUUAUCAUCUUAAAGAUUGCAGGAUUCGUAUCGAAAUGGUUCUUCUGAAGUCAAAUGUUCUCACUGAAGUUCAGAAAUCCAUGGUAGAUGGUGGCAUGCGCGUUGAGGAUUUACCCGUUGAUCCAUCUCCUCGUUCUGGAUUUUCAUCACCUCAUUUAAGUCAGUCCACACUUGCGACAGGCUCGCCGGAUAGAUACCGAGAAGCAUUUGUUGGUAUUGGUGGCCCUGCUGGACUUUGGCAUUUCAUAUACCGUAGUAUUUUCCUGGACCAGUAUGUUUCUUCCGAGUUCGCAUCACCAAUCAACAGUUUGCGACAGCAAAAAAGAUUGUAUAGAGCUUACGAAAAGCUAUAUGCUUCCAUGCAUGAUAAAGGAGUCGGACCCCACAAAACUCAGUUCAGAAGAGAUGAGAACUAUGUUUUACUUUGCUGGGUCACCCAGGACUUUGAACUGUAUGCAGCAUUUGAUCCCCUUGCAGACAAGGGUUUGGCAAUAAAGACUUGCAACAGGGUGUGUCAAUGGGUGAAAGAUGUGGAAAAUGAAAUUUUCUUGUUGGGAGCUAGCCCCUUUUCAUGGUGAUUCUCCUCAAAAUACCUUGUACCACAGGUUGUAUCCUACAUAUUUUUUUCUUUUCUUCCUCUACAAAAUCCUGCCUAUAUUUUUUUUGACCUGAAUUGUAUUCUCCAUAGCAGUUGUUUGACCUUCUUAGAUGGCAGUCUUAUGCCCGGUUGAAAAUUAUUCAUUUUUGUUCAAACCAAUGUAUGAAGGUAUGCAUUCUCUUGGUACUUUUGUCA